AAAUUUUACAUUGUGUGAGCACACAGACUGACCGAAAGGUUUUUUUAUAAUAAUUUGUUGGAUAUAAACAAAACAAACAAAAUGGUUGUAAUAUCACCGAUUUCCAUGCCAGAAGAAGGCCGACUGUAUGAAGCGUCCAACGUUAAAUUAAAGAUUGAUGAAACACAACUCAAUGCCGGGUCUUUAUACUUCACAAGCACCUCCUUGUUGUGGCAAGCCGACGGCAGAACUGACGGUCUAUCGAUUCCAUGGACUAAAAUCAGUUUGCAUGCGAUAUCAACCGAUCCCGUCAAAUGUGUCUACUUUAUGAUUGACUAUCGUCUGCAAUGGCCUGGUGUAAUACUGGAACGAAAUGGCAGCAAUGGAAACGGCAACGUUAGCGAAAAUGAUGAUGAUGUCGAUGAGGGAAAUUAUGAUGAUGAGGAUGCGGAAAUGACUCAAAUGUGGUUGAUACCGGGUGAUGUUGAAGAAGUUGACAAAAUUUACGGCGCAAUGAUUCAGUGUCAAGUCCUGAAUCCGGAUCCAAAUGAUAGCUUAUCGGAAGGCGAGGAAUUCAUGGAAGCUCUGGAUGAAAAUGAGGAUGAAGUGGUCGAAGAAGAUAUGCAGAAUCUCAGUAUCAAUGAUGGAAGGUUUGCCGACGCCGACGAAGAUUAGAAAACUCCUUGAGUACUGCAUUUUCGGAUGUUGGAGUACUUUC